CCUCUCACCACGUUCAGGCGGACCCGCUGUUCGCGUCCUCGAAGCCAGGAUUGCCGGCUCAGAGGCGUGAAUACGAGCUACGAUUCCAGGAUUGCCGGUUUCGAUAGCUCGGGAAGAUGGUGUCCUUCCUACUCCGUCCUGGUGCGGCGCGCUUCCCGCUCUUCGUCGCGAGCAUUCGCAACUAUACGCAAUGGGUGACGAUCGGUGGCGAUCCGGCGGACCUGGACAGCAUCGACCCAGCAGAGCGUCGCAUUCCCUACCACCAGCGAGGGCCAUCCCUGGAUCUCGCGCAGUUCAACCCCAGCAUUCCCUGGGCGUGUUACCAGCCCACUUCACUAGUCGAGGGUGUCGAUCCUCUCGCUUCGCUCAUAGUCGACAAAGCCGACCACGAGAUCGUGACGCUUCUCGGAGGACAGUAUUACCUGCGGGACGACUGGAAGGAGGGAGUGCAGACCAUCGCGGCACAGAUCGAGACCGCAUGCGACGCCAUUGGAGCGGAAGCUAGCUCCCUAUUCGCGCGCCCAAAAGGUACUGAGCCUCUCGACUUCAGUCCCCGGCGGACCGGUGAUAUCGCAUUGGGAGAGGGCUUCCGCAUCAAGGCAGACGCUCUGCGUCGCGCGCGGGAGGCUCGGGCAGCUGCCAUCGCCAAUACGGGCUUCUUGGCUUGGUUCACACACUCGGUGGACAGCUGGGCAUUGAGCGUUGAUGGAGAAGUCUCGACGUUCGUGAAGGCGCUACGACUGGGUGAGCGAGCUAUGCGGGGAUGCGUACUCAAUCUGCUCGUCGAUUACCACUGGAUCGACCUUCAGCUCCUCAUUGAACACGAAGUCCCGAUCCACUACAUCUGGACGCCGGCCAUGCAUUAUUCACCUCGCUUCGUCCGCGCGAGCCCUUGGCUCAUCGCUCGAACGUUGGAGCUGCGCCGGUUCUUAGGGAGGGAACCCACCGACGAAGAGGUGUUCGAGGACCAGCCGCCGCACGUCCGGGAGGCGCUCAACUACGAUCGGUACUUUCAGCAGCGUAGGAGAGAACCGGAGUGUCUGCCCGCGCGGGUGCAUGAGGACACGCUCUUCUGGGUGGAGUACUUCAACGGCUGGCUGCCCCACGAGUUGAAGGACCCCGCGCUGAUUAAACGCGCGCGCAUGGCGUACAUGGAUGGAGAUCCCGCUGUGGACCCCGAGGACGAGAUUCCAGCCGCUAACCUGUACAUCUAUCGUUGGGUGCUGAAGGGAGGGCACAUAGCUGCCGAGGACGAUCUGGCGGACUGGGAGAUUUUCGACACGCCGGCGAGCUACCGGGAGGGCCGCUACUUCCACGGAAGGGAGUUGAGACGCCUCUCUUGCGCCCCUCUUCCCGUCAACCUGUACGAGGAGGGCGAAGACGCCGAGCGUCCCGAGAACGAGGUCGAGGAGAUCGAGCUACAGUACCUCUCGUAUCUUCUGGGGCAGGCAAUGGAGCGCGAGCGCCACGAAGAAUGGGAACUGCGGCGCUCCCGCAUGCCGCCAUUCGACCAUGACAGCCGCGACGGACACGAUUCCAUCCCUUCCGUACCUCGCAUUCAGUAUUCAGGCAUGUAUGGCCAAUCAGAGGAUGGGAGCGAUGAAUCGGCGGGCGGCAGCUUACUGAGGAGACUCGGCCCGCCACCUUCUCGUCCUUCUCUCGCCGCGCGGCUAGGGAUACAACUCGAUAAGCCUCCGGUUCGCUCGAAUCCCUCGGACUCAGUGCAGGAUUCAGCGAGGGCGACCGACCGUUCACAGUCGCGGGGGAGGUCCCGAGGCGCGGCAUCAUCGAGUCCUCUUCCCUCAGCUCGCCGCAUGCUCGACCGGCGCAGCGCUUCGCCAGCCGCGGCCCGCCGCGAGGCCUCCGCCGCCUCCUCUGCCAGCGGGUCUGCUGCCGCGCGCGACUACAGAGCGCAGUUGCCCGAUCCCUCUGGGCGAUUUUCGUUGGUCACUUCAUCGGCGCCGGACUGGGUAGCCCUGGUCGCACAGCACCACGAGGAAGCGCGACUCUUGAAGGCCAAGCUCUCGCCCUUCCCUCUUCCAAGGCUAGCUGACGUAGAGGCGAGGAUUAUGUGGGAAGCUCCGGUGGUCGACCACGAUUGGCUAGUGCUCGCGCGCGCGCAGGACCAAGUGCGGGUGUACAUCCUGCGCAUUCUCGAACGUUAUCGUCGAGCGGAGGAUGCGCUGGACCGGCUCUCCGCGGCUGCCAUACCUCUCGUCAUAGCUCGCCCGCAGUCCAUGUACCCGUCGGCAGAAGAGGACGGCGCUUUGGACGAAGAGGAAGAACGUACGGCCAGCUUCGUCAACUACUCGGUGGGCGGAAAGACGCUCUUUAGGAAGUGGCGAAGCGGAGUCAAGGCGCUCGCGAGACGUCCGGAUGCAGCGGCGCUCUACUACGCAACCCCCAUCUGUGGCUAUGUACUGCGACGCUGGGCUUGGAACCUCAUCGCGGACAAAGUGGGUGCGGGUCCCUGCCGAGAUACCCAACUGCGGAGGAGCGGCGAAAAACACUUCCCAGGUGGAUCGGUCCCCUCGCUAUUCCAUGACUUCGCGGACGCAGAGCAAGUCGCCUACCUGCACGGUUGCUUCAUCGAGUCGCAGACAGCUACGCAGACGUCGUACAGGCACGCCUUCCCGCCGCCCAACGUCUGGUCUUCGCACUGGCCCUCUAGUGGCGAGUGGGGCGUGGAGGAACAGAAAUUCGCGGACGAGAUCGCAAGCGCGUUGGAGGAAGGCACAGCGGAAAUCCCCACCGAGGCCGGCUGGAAGGAGAAGCUGCGGCAGCGCGGGCGAAGUAACCUAGGGUCGGGCUUCCGCAAGUACGACGCUCUGCGUUCUGCGGAUGCGGAGGCGUGGGCUCGCUUCUUCGAGCGCGUCUAUGGCGGUAACCGCAAGUUUGUCAAGAUCUCUGACCUCGCGACUGGGCUGCAGCCUAGGCGGUUGUUCGUUUGAGGCGCGCGGCUUCACCUCAGAGGGGGGGGCUUUGUGGAGACUCGGGUAUGGGACCUCUUCGGCGACGCCACGCACGAUAGCAUGUAUAUUCAUUUCUUUCUUUUUUGUAUACUUACGACUCGAACCCGCGCGCACUCGGGUACUUCCGAGCGCACGCGUAGAUACGAAC